AUGUUGGAGAGACGGCCGAAGCUGCCCGUUCAGCAGCUGAUUGUUCUCUCAAUAUGUCGUUUCGCGGAGCCCGUCGUCCUGACUUCGGUCCUGCCUUAUCUUCCGGAAAUGGUCGAGCAUAUGGGCAUUCCCAAAAACGAAAUCGCGAAAUGGGUAGGCAUCACCUCCGCCGUCACCGCUGUCAGCCAAUGCGCCAUGGCCGUCCCCUGGGGCACAGCUUCCGACUACAUCGGCCGAAAACCCACCAUCCUCGCCGGUCUCAUGUUCACAAUGAUAUUCUCGCUGGUAUUCGGUUUCUCGCGGGACAUGGCCACGUUACUAUGGGCUCGUGCGUUGCUGGGCCUGAUGAACGGAAACGUCGGGAUUAUCCGCACGAUGGUCGCGGAAAUGGUUCCGGAAAAGGAAUUGCAACCUCGGGCAUUUAGUGUGAUGCCACUGGUAUGGACGAUAGGGACGAUCUUUGGGCCGGCGUUUGGAGGCUCGUUGGCGAGGCCUGCGGAGAAACAUCCGAGUAUUUUUGGGGGGUCGGAGUUUUGGGAGAAGUAUCCGUUUCUCUUGCCGAAUUUGGCGUCCGCGUGUUUUUUUGUCAUUGGUAUUGCGACGGGGUUUUUGUUCUUGCGGGAAACACUGCAAGCAAGACGGGAUAAACGUGACUAUGGUCUUUUAAUAGGCCAGGCGUUGACGCACCCAUGCACGUCGCACAGAAAGACCGUCAGCUCUGAGGAUGAGGAUGAUGAGAGAACGGCACUGCUUGGUGAAGAUGGUGACGAUGAUCAGGCGGACAGACAGCCAAAGCAGAGGCCAGCUAGGCGAACAAGCUGGCGCGAGGUCUUUUCCACCCAGUCCAUUCUAGUCUUGAUGGCCUACGGCAUGCUGGCAAUGCACAACAUGGCCUUUGACUCGCUGCUACCAGUAUUCCUGCACUUCCCCGAGCAAGACAUGGACGGGAAUCCAGACGUCCAAUUACCAUUCAAAUUCAUCGGCGGAUUCGGCAUGGACUCCCAAACAAUCGGCUUCUUCUACACCCUAAUCGGCAUCUUCGGCAUGUUCGUCCAAUUCUUCUUCUUCCCCACCGUCGCAAAAAGAUACGGCGUCCUCAACAUCACCAAACUCGUCUACCUAGCUUUCCCGAUCGUUUACUUCGUCACACCCUUCACAGCGCUCGUCCCAUCCGCAUUCCGCAAUUACGUCGUGUUCCUACUUAUGCUUACGAAACUGUCCGCGUCAAUUUUCAGCUUUCCGUGCUGCACGAUCUUGCUUACGAAUUCUGCGUCGAGUCUUAGUAUUCUGGGGACGUUGAAUGGGGUCGGGACGAGCGUCAGUGCGUUAGGGAGAGCGGUGGGACCGGCUGUUGCGGGAGCGACGUUUUCGUUUGGAGUUAAGAGGGGAUAUGUUAUUAUUCCUUGGUGGACGUUGACUGUUAUGGCUGCUUUCACGGCGGUGCCGACGUUCUGGAUUGAGGAGACAGAUGGAUUUAGGGGGCAUGAUGCAGACGAUGAAGAUGAUGAGGAAGAAGGAGAUACAGAAUCUGGGGAGCAUGACCAUACAGAUCAACAGCAUCAUUCCAGAUGA